CGGGUGCGCGGCCCCGGAUGUUGGCUGCUCCCGCCGCCGCCGCCGCUGCCGCCGCCGCCGCUCUCGGCGCCGCUCCGGGCCUGGGCCGCUCUCCGAGGGCGCCGUUGGGACCUUCCGCGGGGAACGGAGACGCACGCAGCGGCCGGGGGCUCGGCCGGGCCGUCCGGGCCUGCGCAGCCUGAGAUUCUCUUUGUGGCCAGAUGGGUUUGUAUGGACAAGCUUGUCCAUCUGUAACUUCAUUAAGGAUGACAUCUGAACUGGAGAGCAGCCUAACAUCUAUGGACUGGUUACCACAGCUCACCAUGAGAGCAGCCAUUCAAAAAUCUGAUGCUGCACAAAAUGCACAUGGAACGGGGAUUUCUAAGAAGAAUGCACUCCUUGACCCAAAUACAACACUGGACCAGGAAGAAGUCCAACAGCACAAAGAUGGAAAACCUCCAUACAGCUAUGCCAGCCUCAUCACAUUUGCAAUUAAUAGCUCACCUAAAAAGAAGAUGACGUUAAGUGAGAUUUACCAGUGGAUUUGUGAUAACUUUCCGUAUUAUAGAGAGGCUGGUAGUGGUUGGAAGAAUUCUAUACGACAUAAUCUGUCACUGAACAAAUGUUUCCUUAAAGUGCCUCGGUCCAAGGAUGAUCCCGGAAAGGGUUCUUACUGGGCAAUAGACACCAAUCCGAAGGAAGACACGCUGCCUACUCGGCCAAAGAAGAGGGCAAGAUCUGUAGAACGGGCCUCAACUCCAUAUAGCAUAGAUUCAGAUUCUUUGGGAAUGGAGUGUAUUAUUUCGGGAAGUGCCUCUCCAACUCUGGCAAUCAACACUGUGACUAACAAAGUAACAUUGUACAACACUGACCAGGAUGGAAGUGAUAGCCCUCGAAGCAGCCUUAACAACAGUCUUUCAGACCAGAGUUUGGCCUCUGUUAAUUUGAACAGUGUUGGAAGUGUACAUAGCUAUACACCGGUCACUAACCAUCCAGAACCAGUCUCUCAGUCAUUACCACCUCAGCAGCAGCCACAGUACAACCUUCCAGAACGAGAGAAACAACUACUUUUCACAGAAUACAAUUUUGAAGAUCUCAGUGCCUCAUUUCGGAGUCUUUAUAAGUCAGUUUUUGAGCAGUCACUUAGUCAACAAGGUUUAAUGAGCAUCCCUUCGGAAUCUUCCCAACAGUCCCAUACUUCAUGUUCUUAUCAACACUCUCCUAGCAGUACAGUGACCUCUCACCCACACAGCAACCAAAGCAGCCUGCCCAACAAUCACAGUGGCCUCAAUGCCACAGGUAGUAAUUCGGUUGCACAGGUCUCGCUGUCCCAUCCCCAGAUGCACCCCCAGCCCUCUCCACACACCCCCCAUAGACCGCAUGGUUUACCACAGCACCCACCGCGUCCCCAGCACCCAGCAUCACACCCACAGCAACACAGCCAGCUACAGCCGCCUCACUCCCAGCACCCCCCUCCACAUCAGCACAUACAACACCAUCCAAACCAUCAGCAUCAGACAUUAGCACAUCAGCCACCACCACCCCCUCAACAGGUAUCCUGUAAUUCUGGUGUUUCAAGUGAUUGGUAUGCAACACUCGAUAUGCUGAAGGAAAGCUGUCGAAUUGCCAGUAGUGUUAACUGGUCAGACGUAGACCUUUCACAGUUCCAAGGUCUGAUGGAGAGUAUGAGGCAGGCGGAUCUCAAGAACUGGUCAUUAGAUCAGGUUCAGUUCGCUGAUCUCUGUUCCUCUCUUAAUCAGUUCUUCACACAGACUGGCCUUAUCCACUCGCAGAGUAAUGUUCAGCAGAACGUCUGUCACGGUGCCAUGCACCCAGCAAAGCCUUCCCAACACAUUGGGGCAGGAAAUUUGUACAUAGAUUCCAGGCAAAGUCUCCCUCCCUCAGUGAUGCCACCCCCUAGUUAUCCUCAUAUUCCACAGGCGCUCAACACUCCAGGAACUACAAUGGCAGGUCAUCACGGAGCCAUGAACCAGCAGCACAUGAUGCCUUCCCAAGCCUUCCCGAUGCGGCGCUCUCUGCCUCCAGAUGACAUCCAGGAUGACUUUGAUUGGGAUUCAAUAGUGUAGGCUUGUUUCUGCAAGGCAGCAGACUCCAGCAUCCUUUUUGUUCAGUGAAAGGAAGGAUUAGAGGCCAGUUGAGAAAACAAAGCAAUGUUACCAGUGCUAUCUAAAAUUCCUUUUGAAGACAAUCAGAGAUUCUAGCUGGGUAACUUACUGCUUUUAUCCAACCCAAGCAAGAACUACAUACAUGUUUGUCUCCCAACCAGUACCCUCUGUAGCUCCUAACUGUUGUGAUAUGGACAGAUUUUUUGCAUAUUUGUGUCAGUUUGAUGUUGACCACAAGUGCCAGACUGAUUUUUCAGACAGAGCCUAUUUUUCAGAGCAGCUUAUAGAUACAUAUGUAUAAAUAUGUGUACAAAUAUUACUGAAAGGCUUCAAGUUUUUUCUAAUUGGAUUAUUGUAUUUUGAAAAGAAAGUUACUGUCAGUUUUUAUUCCUUGUUAGGCCAGUUUCUGCAGGAUGCUUUCAAAUGAUACAGAGAGCUGAAAGAAAAUCAGUUUUGCAAAGCCCAGUUUCCUUUAUUUAACAUUCAGAAAUAGGAGUAAUCAUGAAUUCCACCGAAUAAGUCAAGGAAUCUGGAGUUGGUACUCUCAACAGUGCAGAGGGCCAUUGUUCCUGAGCAAGCUUGUAAUGCAGGCUGUUGUAGAGAGUGUAUUGUGUGUACCUUGUCAGUGAAAUGUGUGGGCUGACUGAAACUAGGUAUUGCUUAGCUCUUCAAACAAACCAAUGUCUCCAUAUUCACUUAUGUAUUUAUUAUUCAAAAGUGUUAUUUUAAUAUUUAUUGCUACUUUCUGUGAAUGCACAAUUCUGUUGGAUUCACUAGGGAGGGAUUUGUCUGAAAGCUUGGUUAUUUUUCUGGAUAAAAGUUUAUAGACAAA